AUGGCGGACACACCAACACACACACUCGCGCACGCACGCACGCACUCACUCUCGCACGCACUCGCAACCCGAAGGACCCGCGCACCCGAUUGGCUCAACACCCGUCACAUGGUUAACACAGUGGUAACCAGAAUUGCGGCCACUGCGGUAAAAACAUACGCCGCCGCCGCACCACCAGAUUUAUUUUUAUUUUUGAAAGCUACAACGACAGCGACGAUGAUGGCCGGCUACGUUUUAAAUCGGCCGAGCGCCUUACUGCGUUUGUUAUCAGCGAACUCCAACAACAACAACGGUGCUGCCACGAUUUUGCACGACCGAUUCAACGUUCAGGUUAGACAUUUACACAAAAAGGUAAAAAGAAGUAUACCAUGGGUACCUCCACGAAGCAAAUUUGAAGGAAAUGCAAAUGCUAUAGCAUCAAGAGGAUUUUUAAGGCCACUUAAAGAAUAUGAUCCUCCAUUAGAUAUCAAGAACGUUAUAAUAAAAAUAGCAAAUAAUACAGUUAAUCAAACCAAAGAGUCCUACCAACUAAAUAAAAAUGAAAAGAUACGUUUACUAAAAAAAUGUGAAGAACUGGUUGACCAUAAAGUACCAAAUUCGCUUUUACAUACUAUGAAUACAUUAGGUGAUGUAUUUGAAUUUUAUGAGACACCUGUAGACACAGUUGUACCAUAUGAUGCACUUCAGAAUCGUGAACUCCCCCCUAAUCUCCAUAUAUUAUCAAACUAUCAUAGGUUCCACCCAGAGACCGAUCUAAUGUUUGAUGGUGUCACUGCAUUCCCACGCAGUUCCAACUUGGUUACUGGAUUAAAAACGAAAAAGAAAUACAAAGGAUUUACCACUCUGUCUCCUUAUGAUUACAAAGAUUAA